AUGUCAGGGGACGCGGUCAAAGCAGACAUAAUCAGAGCAGUGGAAAACGCCACGCAGUCAACUAAUGUCGUAAUAAAUAUCAGCGAAUUACGCCCAUACACCAACGACACGCAGACAGCAACUCUUACCAUGCCAAAGGAGCUGGCGAAUAAACUACUCUCCAACGAGUACAUUAGGGUCGGCUUAGUAAGAUGUAGAGUCGAAAAAAGGGUUAGGGUGCCGAGAUGUGGGAAAUGUUGGGCCCACGACCAUGAGACGAAUAAUUGUACUGGAGCUGAUAGAACAAAAAACUGCUAUAAGUGCGGUGGGUCUGAACAUGGCGUGGCAACGUGCAGUAACCCUGAAUUUUGCCUAGUAUGUGGAGAACAACAUACGACAGGCACACUGAGGUGCAAGGCCUUCAAAGAUGCUCUGAAGAGGGCCAGGAACAAGGAACAGAGGCGCACAAAACUCCAGCGGGAGGAGGGAGGUGGAAACCCUAAACAAGGAAUAACACUUCAAGAGAUCAUAGAUUAUAAUAUUGAACAAGGGGACAAGGACCCCAGACUGGAACAAGUCGACGAGGAGAAGGAAGGAAACUAUGUCCAGGAAGAAGAUUCUGUCUUACUAGAUUUAAUAUCAUAA